ACUAGCAGCUCUUUCCUCUCAGGUCUUAGAGGACUGGUUACACGUCUCGGCAAGCACAAAACUCCAACACAGAAGGGCAGAGAGUGGUUAUGGACUUAGAGGACUUAGAAGCCCCGGGGCAGGUCCCUUCACGAGUCUCCAAAUUCGCGCCAAAAUCAUCAAAGCUCAAACCUAAACCGAAAUCGGAACCUGCACCCAGACCUGAACCCGAACCCCAACCAUCCUCCUCCAAGCCAGAGCCCCCUGAACUUGAUUUACCUGUCAAAAAGAACGAAGAUGAGGUGGAAACAGUGGCCUCGACUCAUUCGAAACCCGAACCCAACGGUGCCGUCACAAUGGACGUUGAACCCAAGUCAGAGACCGAAGGCGAAGCAGGACAAGGACAAGGCGAUCCCAUGGACGAAGACAGUGCUGAAGACACGGUCGUGCGCGAAAUUGAUGUUUUCUUCUCACCUUCUAUCGAUGCCGAUACUCAGUUGUAUGUUUUUCAGUAUCCCUUGAGACCUUGUUGGCGACCAUACGACUUAGAUGAACAAUGCGAAGAGGUUAGGUUGAAACCUGAUGAUUCUCAAGUGGAGGUUGAUUUGUCAAUUGAUCUUGAGUCAAAUAACAUUGACAAAGAGUUUGCUGACAAAUACAACAUCACAAAGCAGACUCUAUCCACUUCGUGGAAGCCACCUCAUGCAAAUGGCUGUGCUGUUGGGAUUCUUAUGGGUGAUAAGUUGCACCUGCAUCCAGUUCAUGCAGUUGUGCAGCUCCGACCAUCACUACAACAUCUUAAUUCUGGUGAAUCAAAAAGGAAGAACAUUAUCCCCUCUGGUGCAAGUGCUAAUGUCAAAAUUGAGGGGUCAGUUGAAGAAAAGUCUGUUUCUACAUCCAAGAAGCAGAAUAAGCUGACCGAACCUUCUAUUGAGCAAAAGAAUGGUGGUGAUGAGUGCUGGAUUCCUCUCAAGUACCAUAGCUGCAAGAGUGAUAUCUCCUCUAGAUAUUUGCAGCAAAUGAUGGCCCAAGAAGGUCCUCCCAUAGACUUUAAUAUGACAGCGUAUGACUAUGUUACUGCCCUGUGUCCUGGAGUGAGCAGCAACAUUUUACCCAAGGGUCCUUCUAAAAGGUAUCUUCUAUCUUUGUUUGUGGAAGAACGACUCAAGAAACUGCUUAUUGAGGGUCGUCCACUUCAUCGUUUUAGUGCUAUUAAGCACUAUGCUCCUGAAUACUCUGAGGAUCAACUUCUGGGAUUCCUGCAGCAGCAUGCAAUAUUGGUGCGGGGACUCUGGACUGCAAAAAGUGCAUUGCUAUAUCCCCAGGGUGGUGUGGAAACUUUGGCUAGAGAUUAUGCCCUACUAUUGUUUAGCAAGAAUUUAAAAGUUCAGCUUUCUGAUGUGAAUGUUAGGGGUGAACUUGGAAAUUAUGUGAGAAAUUUCCUGAAGAUAUUUGGCUUGGAAAGGUUUGAUAUAAAUAAAUCUACUGGCCAAUCAAUUCCUAACUGGAAGUUUAGAGAGCUUCCUGACGAGUCAUUCAAAAAACUCCAUCCAAAUAUUGUUGAAAAGCAGGAAGAAGUUUUCAAAGGUUUGGAUAGACAGUUAUCUAGUUUUGCUUCAAAUGUUGGAAAACGCAAACUUGGUAAAAAUGCUGUAGCAAACCCUAGUAUGAACAACGAGCUUGUUAAAUCAGAAAAUUCUGAUCAACGGGGAACAAGUCUCAGUGGAGGGCCUCCUGGGAAGAUGACCAUGUCAAAUGAAACCCGACAUGCUCUGCCAAUUGCCCUCAAGAAACUUUUUCAGACACACAAAGUUUGCAGCUUCCAAAUGAUAUGCCAAGGAUUGCGUGAAAUGGCUGUUUCCAAAACUAUGCUUUCAAAGGGAGAUUCUAAAAUUGCUGUGGAUGCAGCUCAUAGUCUUGAUGGUCCACAUGAUGAAUUGAAGGCUAUCAUUAGUGAAGUUGCAUGUGAUAUCCAUGGUUAUUAUGUGUUGAAAUCAUCACAAGAUGAUCCUUUCAGAGAUGUUGUAAUUGAUAUGCUUCGAGGAAAUGGACCGAGUGCCAAGCUGAAGAAGGCAGAGAUAGUGGAAGCUGCAAGGAGAAAACUCGGUAGGGAGGUCAUUAACAAUGAAUAUAUCAAGGUCAUGAAUGAGUUGUGUGUCUCGAGAGGUUCUGUUUGGGUCUUGAAAAGCGGUGAUGGAAGUAUGCAGUAAUCCUGAAGAAUACGUAGUAAAAUUUUGGAUAAUCACAUGACUCAAGUUUCUUUACUUUCUCACAUAGUAAAAUUUUGGAUAAAAAGUUUUAUUAUUGUAACUUUCCUUCCAACCACUCAUUCCACUUAAACAAUCAUUUUUCAUGCAC